AUGCGUCUGCCGGUGUGGGCCGCCCUGACGGCGGUGCUGUGGCUCAGCCCUGACCCCGUCGUAGCCCCGGGAGAAGAUGGGGAAAACAGCGAGACCAUCACUACCACGACCACCACCAGCCCGAUCACAGACAGUCCACAAAUCGACACAAUGCCGAUCAUCGGCUCCUCCGCCGAGGAGCCAUCCCAGAACUCCACACAGACCCCGGCCGCCAACACCACUGACGUCACCGAGCCCCCCUCUCCGGCGCCGCUCAACACCUCCCCGGGCGCCGUGAACGCGGCCGCACAAACCCUCGUCACCGUCCCGUGGGCGCCCAGCGACUGGGCCGUAUAUCAGCUCACUGAGACACCCACGGCCUGCACGUGCCGCGCGCUGUGUCUGGUCGACCCGCACUGCCAGGCCGGCGAGGCGGCGCCGCUCCCAUCGGGUGCCUUCUCCUGCUCCCUGGCCAGCCACAUGAUCAGCGACGGUCCGACUGCGGUGCCGCCCACAGGCACAGAGUGGUUCCAGAGAGGGGCGCCGCUCGCAGCCGAGGAGCUGGAGCCGGAGGUGGCCGCCGCGGCCGCCGCUGACGGGCUCGACUGCGCCGCUCUCCUGGCGGCCGGCGUGAGCGACAGUGGGGUGUACCAGAUCGGCGCCACCACCCAGCGCUCCGCCUACUGCGACAUGAGCCUGGGCGGCGGCGGCUGGACCUUGCUGCAGCGCUGGAAGAGCGGCACCACCGAGCGCUUCGACAGACCGAUGGCCGACUACAUGCUCGGCUUCGGAGACCCUGCUGGCUCGCACUGGCUGGGCCUGGAGGCACUGGGGGCCAUGGCGGCACAGGGCCCGCUUCAACUGCGGGUGACCAUAAAGAAGGAUGGCAUCGUAUGGAGCCCUACUCAAUACGCCCUGUACAAUAUUACGUCCAUCAACCCGAUUGACGACUACGAAAUGAUCCUAACGUGGGUGGAGGGCACUGCAACCGACGGCCUCCUUGAAACCAGCGGCAAGCCGUUCAAGGCCUGCAGAUUGGACUGCAGCUACGGCGGAUGGUGGGGGUUUGGAGACGGCAAGACCGGACAGCUGACAAACCUCAACCAGUCGCAGGAUAAGGACACACUCGAGUGGAUGACCUACUGGGUGGCAGAGGGCCAAUUGCCAUUAGCUCUCAAAGGCUCCACCAUGAGUGUAAGGCCAGUUUGA